GGCCGCAAAAAUCUCCAGCCUCGAGGCCGAGCCGGAGGACGGACCGCACCAACGACGACGACUAUUUGCUGUCCCCCCCCCCCCGACGGCGAUGUCCUGGUAGGGGCUCACCCCCGCGAAACAUACAAGACAUGAAGACCCUCAGGCCAGCAGCCCUGGGCCUCGCCCGCGGCGCUGGCGCACAAUGCUGCCCCCUAUUGCCGUCAUUACAGCACCGGCUGCAGGCGCUCAGCAUGGCGCCGAGAACCGUCGCCGACAGGGCCCAGUCGACAUUCUCCUCCGCCCCGUCCUCGACGGACGCCGGCUACCUGUCCAGCGCCAUGCAGGCCGCCACCACGAUGGUGCACGCGCGCCCGAUGCCCGUCUCGCCCGCCUACUUUUCCCGCAUGAGCCAGUUCAACGACGACUACGUCCGGAUCAGCGACUACUACCGGAGGCUGCAGCACCUCCCGCUCGACCCCAACCCCGCCGAGAACGUGACGUGGAAGAAGCUGGUGGACUACAAGGCCGCGUGCGGCGAGAACGUGCGGGCGUCCGACUACGCCGCCUGCAUCAAGAUGGUCAAGGCGCUGCACAAGAUCCACCGCCGGCUCAAGUCGGAGGGGCUCCGGCAGGCCCUGGUGCCCUUCAUGCGCGACAUCACGCCGCACCGCAACGAGCCCAGGCCGGCCCACAUCGACCGGUUCGGCAGGUCGGUGGGCGUGGGCCGGAGGAAGGAGGCGACGGCGCGCGUCUAUCUCGUCGAGGGCACGGGCGAUGUCCUGGUCAACGGCAAGCCCAUCUCCGAGGUCUUUGGUCGCGUCCACGACCGCGAGAGCGUCAUCUGGCCCCUCAGGGCCACGGAGCGCAUGGACAAGUACAGCAUCUGGGCCCACGUCUCGGGCGGGGGCACCACCGGCCAGGCCGAGGCUCUGACCCUGGGAGUCUCCAAGGCUCUCAUGGCCCAUGAGCCCGCGCUCAAGCCCGUGCUCAGACGAGCCGGCUGUGUCACACGGGAUCCCAGGAUGGUGGAGAGGAAGAAACCUGGUCAUGUCAAGGCCCGGAAGAUGCCUGCAUGGGUCAAGCGUUAAACCGUAUAUCAUCGUAUUUACUGCUCGCCGCCAUGUUCCAUGCUGCUCCCAUGCAGCCGAUGUGAGGUCUGUUGAUAGUAGACCGUUUGGUUGGCGGGCUCGGCGCCUGGCUACGGCGCUCUUGGGGCACAUCAUACGUCAGGCCGGAGCCAAACCCUCCCGGCGUAUUCCACCGCGACAGCAAGGACUCCAGUUCGCCCAUGCAGCGUCGGGUUGAGUAGCGGCCUUUCCGGGUGGAUGGCUCGCUGCGGACGCCGCGACGGGGCAGAAGUAGAAGAAUGUUUGCAUCAAUGAUGCACCAUUCUUGUGUACGACAAGGUAGCAUUUCUGCGGAAGUGAUAUGUCCCUUUUGAUACAAGUGGACUCCUAACAUCUGAAAGCCAAUCUCGAGGAACAUAGAUACAUAUAACAGCACUUAUCGCAGAACGCCCCUCGUGCGAAAAGCCAGGCACAGCUGCCCGUAGCGCCUAUGAUGACGUUAUCUCUACGCAGUUUUCAGGUGUCCGUGUACAAUCAGUCCUGAAGCAUUUAGUAGAUAUCGAGGCGAUCAUGGCUUCUUUGCGCGAGGGAGCUCGACGGCAGGCGGCGCAACAAACUGGCAUCGACGGCGGUUUGCAUGGUCUCCCCACCACGCGGAGCCGCCGGGGUAUGUCGCCGUACCUUGUUUCCGGCUCGAUGCAGGGGGGUGAGGUGAGAGGGGCACACCUGGGGUGAAGACGGCCGGCCAUGGGUUGGGCGCUCGACACCUUGCAGAGUCGACUGUCGACUGUCGACAGAGUGCAUGGGUCGUACCGCAUCCUCGGGCAGGACAAGGGAUCCUCACCAGCCCGGGGCCGUUGACAACGUGGCUCCAUUUGUCGCCCUGUCCUUGCGGAGAGGCUUCCAUGUGGGCAAGGAGAUAUGUCAAAUUUUGGAUAUCAGAUAGCGCUGUUUUGAUCCCCUGGUGCUCUAGGAAGCCAGGGUCGGCGGGAAUCACGUUGUACAACAUCGCCGAAGCCAUUGAUGCAAUGCCCAUAAACCAUAUACGUCGUCGGAGAAAUGCACUGCC